GUCCUCAGGCUCUUCAAACUACUACCAUAACGCUACAGUGGCUGAAACUGACCCUGGCCAUAACGUACACUUCUUCGUCGUAAUAUUCUAUGCCCCGUGUGCCUCUACCCUAACACCGGGGAUUACAAGAAGUUAGAAGUCGCGCAUCCAAAGAAUUAGCGUGGUGUCGUGGCUUCACGUUGUACACCUCCGGGCUUCGUUUUGAUGUUCUGAAAACAUGCAUCGUAUAUUCUAUGUCUCCGAAAUUCUGGACAACGUCUUCCAUCGGCUGGAAUACAGAGACGUCGAGGUCGGGAAGCAAACUCUUGCCGGGCUUGCCAGGACAUGUCGGGCUUUUGAAAAUGUAGCUUUAGGCGUUUUGUGGGAGGAACAGGCAGGACUCGUACCCCUUGCACGUUGUCUCGGAGAUGCGGUUCAAGAACGGUGGAAACCUGGACUAAGUCCAUCUGAUGGACUUACAGGUUCAAGACGUCAAAAUGAGAAGAAAAUUCUGUACUGUCGAAGGCUUCCAACUGUAUCUGAAUGGAAGAGGAUGCACAGAUACGCGAAGUUGGUUAAGACCUUCCGUGACUUCGGAAUUCCUUACCCCGGACAAGAUCAAGCGAUCGAUACGAGCAUUUUGCUCGCUAUCUUUUAUCACUGUCCUGGUCGAUUAUCUCUGUUCUCAAACCUGCGCGAGUUAAAUUGGCCUUUACUCGGCGUCGGAAAAGACGACAUUCCGUUUGUUACUCGAUUCUUCGGGCCCAAGCUAGAACAAGUCAACUUCAUAGGACGGGGAGAUAUGGAGUUAGAUCUUCCGAUUAUGGAUCACUUGCUUUCGUGCCCUCUUUUAACCACUGUCAGCCUGUGCUGUAGAUCCCGCCCAGUUGUCACAUUGCCGAUUCGAGACCUCCUGACGACGUCCUUCCGGCUACGAUAUUUCUUUUGUAAAACCCCUCUGGAUUCAGUGCACGUUCAAGCUCUUGCUGCAUUACCCUCCCUUCAAGUCGUCGACAUACACCUUUCCGAUACAGCAGAGUUGCCACCCUUGCUGUUAGCACAGUGCGAUCACGCCUUUCCUGCGCUGAGGUCGCUAACACUACAUGUUCGUGAUGUUGUGGAGGCUACUCGAUUCAUUGAAUUAUCCCCCCUCCCUCGCUUGACAGACUUAUCUCUAGCUAUACGAGACCAGAGCUUCCCGUCUAGUCCCACACUAAUUCAAACUCUGGGGGAAGUCAUGGCUCGCCAGUUUUCGACAACCACCUACGAGACGUUUGAGAUAUCCUCGCAAUGCCCGAUGCGUUUGCCUUGGGAUGCUUCCAAGGCUAUUCAGCCCUUCAUGCUACAGCCGUUUCUCAAAUUCCAGGCCAUGUCAAGUUUCAAACUUGAUGCACAGUGGUGCUACGAUCUCGACGACGCCUUCAUGGAUGUCGUUGCCAGCGCCUGGCGUCAACUACACAGCCUACGUUUAGAUCCAAAUGGUUCCUGGCCUUCACAUAGAGUCUGCAAAUUGACAAUUACGGGCCUUCUGCCUCUUGUUCAACGUUGUCCUUGCAUUUCAGACAUUGAAGGUCACUUCGAGGGCAGAGUUCCAGAAAUGUCGGACACUGAUAGACCGGGAAAUGGUUAUGAAGCGCAGGAUGUCAUGUCAAUCAAUGUUGGGGAUGCAGAAGUGCCCAACACGAGGGCUGUUGCAGCUUUCCUUUCGGAUGUAUUCCCUCAAUUAGACUUCAUUUUCUGUUGGGAGGAUGAAGAAACGAAUCGACACGCCGGGCGGUGGGGGAAAGUGGUAGACCUGGCGAAGAGCUACAUAAUGGUACGUCAACAAAUGAAAACAUGGUAUGAAAAAGAUGAAGCUGGUUCUGAGACUCAUGGGUCCGAGACUGAUACGUCGGGCAUUUCAUGAUGCAAAUUAGUUUCCUGAUCUGUUUGAAAGCAGAGGUGUACUUGGUUCGUUGUAUAUCCCUGUGCCGAUAUUUUCUCUUAUCCGUUCUCAACGUUGCGUGUCUAGGAGUCAAGGUUGAUUUAUCAAACGAGGUCGUGAAAUACAAGUAUAUACCCGAAGUUUAAUGGAGCGAAAAGCCUGCUAACAUUGGUAUGGAUGGACCGUUUGAGAAUCGAGUCCUUCUGCGCCGCAGGUGCUCGUUCCUCAGUCGUAUCCAGUUCGAGGCACCUAUAAGAAUGCUUUCCCAGAAUGCGUUCGAGGUGCUCUUUGCGUCGCUGAUGUUGCUGAUAAUACCUCCGAGGCUUUUUAGGGGCGUGAUGAUAAUGGCAGUACCAUGCCGUGGUGUGGUGGGCUUCUCAAACAAUUCAUGAAACAGUGCAUGAGCAUCAAGUGCAACCGCAUGCGUGAUGAAUUGGCGAGGUUGAGUCUACCCGCCUUCAAGCUUCAUUGGCCACCGCCAUAUGACAUCAUUCGAGGUUUCGAAAUCCCUGAAUAUCCAUCCUCAUCCGCCC